AUGCUUGCGCCGAUACUUUUUGCUUUGCUACCGGCUAUCGUUCUCAAUGUCGCUGCGCAGUCUCCGGCGUGGGGACAAUGUGGUGGCAUAGGAUGGUCCGGCGCGACCACUUGUGUGUCUGGAUACGCCUGCACGGUGUCUAAUCCAUAUUACUCGCAGUGCCUUCCGGGAACUGCGCCGCCAGCCUCGACCACUCCCACACCGACCACUCCCAUCUCAACUCCUUCCGUCCCAUCUUCGACCACCGUUAGUGCGCCAGGUGUAACAGGGUCUCAGAUUCGCACUGUUGAGAACCCUGUCUUCCACUUUUACCUCCAGAAUAAGGGCGAUGUUCCAAUGCUUGGGCCCGAGUCCUCCUCUGCGCGUUUCACCAUCGACACGACUAUCACUCUGAACAAUGCCGACGGUAGUAGUUUAUACCUCAACCUUCAAAACAGCACGUUGUCGUAUAAGGCUUUAACCCUAAGUGCUACAGCGACGACGACGAACUGGGGCCUUGAGGGCGAUACGAUCAUCACGACUGAUCCCCGUCAACUCAAUUUCUUGGCUUGUGGGUCCGGCAAUCCGUUAUUCUACAGUGUAUAUUUGCAGACGGGGACCGACACGCCAAUUGGCUGGACUUGUUCUUCGGUGACGUUGCACUUACCCUGA